UGGUCUUGGUGUAUAAAUACUGCUCGCAUAUCCAUCGCUCGGGAAUGGGUCAAUGCAAGCCAGCUGCGUUGAAGCCUGACCUCGGUCGCAAGCCAUCAUGAAGUUCUCGCUGGUGCCUCUCCUGGCUUACGCUCUUUCGGUUGAGGGGCACUGCAUCUUCCAGAAAGUCACUGUCAACGGCCAGGACCAAGGCUCUCUCACAGGCCUCCGGGCGCCCAACAACAACAACCCGGUCCAGAAUGUCAACAGCCAGGACAUAAUCUGUGGCCAGUCGGGGUCGAAGUCGCAGACCGUCAUCAACGUCAAGGGCGGUGACAGGAUCGGUGCCUGGUACCAGCACGUCAUCGGCGGCGCUCAAUUUUCCGGCGACCCAGACAACCCGAUCGCCAAAUCUCACAAGGGACCAAUAAUGGCGUACCUCGCCAAGGUUGACAAUGCCGCGUCGGCGAGCCACAGCGGGCUCAAGUGGUUCAAGAUCUGGCAGGACGGGUUUGAUACAGGCAGUAGGAAGUGGGGUGUUGACAACAUGAUCAACAACAACGGCUGGGUCUACUUUAACCUGCCGCAGUGCAUCGCUCCAGGCCAUUAUCUCUUGCGCGUCGAGCUUCUGGCCCUGCACUCGGCCGGCAAGCAAGGGCAAGCCCAGUUCUAUACCUCGUGCGCCCAGAUCAACGUCUCGAGCGGUGGCUCCUUCUCGCCAUCGCAGACCGUCAGCUUCCCCGGUGCCUACACCGCCAACGACCCGGGCAUCUUGGUCAGCAUCUACGGCACGACGGGCCAACCCGACAACGGCGGAAAGCCUUACACGGUCCCGGGGCCGGCGCCAAUUUCGUGCUGAGCGUUGAUGUUAGAUCUUGAUUUGAACCAUUCAAGGCAGAAAGGGGCGGUAUUCGUUCCACUCAUCGAUUUGUCUCGGGGCAAAGACUCACCUGGUCUAUCUUUGGACAAGCUGGUAUCUAGUAGUACAGCAUAUCCUGGCACCAAUACUAUUACUGCUACGUUCAGUAGAACCAGUAUAUGGUGUACUAUCGUACUACUCAGUGAUACGCUGGUGAAACCAGCCUUCAAUUGUGCUGUGGAGUCGUCGUUCCACUUCGCGCCCGCACCUCGGCGCAGAAUUCCCAUUCGCCUCUCAGUUUCAGGAGAUG